AUGGCGGAAAACGAGACAUUUGAAGCUGCUCCAAGGCGUCCACAUAUAAACGGAAAAGUACAGAAGUGGCUGAAGAGCACUAGGGACGAAGACGGCGAUUUGUUGGCAGGAAACUGGGUUGCCAGCAUCAUGCCACAUCUCAGACUGCUGGAAACGUCUUCAGAAGGUUGUCAUUCUUCCGUGUCUUUCGUCUUUACUGUACAGCCUGAGCACUGUAAUCGCAUGCACAGUCUACACGGCGGCUGCAUUGCAACCAUCUUUGACUUCACCACAACAAUGGUCAUGGCUCUUGUCACUCGUCCCGGGUUUUGGCAGAGCAUGGGCGUCUCUCGCUCGCUGAAUGUGACCUAUCUGCGACCUGCUGCAGCGGGAACUGAGCUCCUCAUUGAGUGUGAGAUAGUGCAGGUGGGCAAAACCCUCGCAACACUGAAGGGCAUAAUGCGGACCAAAAAGGAUGGACGGAUCACGGCAACAUGCGAGCACGGCAAAGUCAACAAUGACUCCAGAUCACAUCUAUCAUAG